GUCCAAUGUAUCUGUGUUAGAAAACUUGAUGUACAAGAAUAGCACACAGUUUGAAAUUAAACUUGAUGAAAAUACAUUAUACAAUAAUAUGAGUACAGAAUCCAAGUAUUGCAUUCUUAUAAUUUUUCGUGAUAUAAGAUGCAACAGCAACACUCUAUGGAAAUCUGAGCAUUCAUGUAAAGUACACGAAGACUGUAAGUCUAUCCCAGACCAGACUAAUAUUCCAACUGUUAAUACUGAAAUUUAUAUAUACACCUAUUUCUACUGGACAAUAAGUGUGAUCUCAUUAAUUAUAUGCAUAAUACUUGUAAUGGUGUGCCUCAUGUAUGCUAGAGAUAUUUAUUGUAUGCAAGGCAAAAGGUUUUGUAUAAUUGUUGGCAAAAAUAAGAUUCAGAAGAUCAAUGCGAAGAGUAAUAAAUCUAACAUCCUAAAAAACAAGAAAGAGACAGUACGUAAUACCACUGAUGACUUCAACACAGACAUUGUUCUAUUAUAUUCUAAAGGUUCUGAAUCUUAUAUGACAUUAAUGGCAGAGUUUCGAGGUGUACUUGGCACAGCUUGUCAGUGUUCUAUCCAUGAUUGGUACAAUGCAACAGAUUGUAAUCAUGUUGCUGAGAUAGGUGGGGCUGAUUGGUUUGCAGAAAUGCUUAAUAGAGGAUCCCGCGUUAUUUGGGUAGAUACGCCGACAGUUAGAUCAUUAAUUACUCGAAGAUUUAAAAAGGAUCUUUCUGAUGAGAACAAUGAACACCAUGAUUUUAUGGAAAUUAGCGACUUUCGUGAUAUAGCAUUUCCUAUAAUAUUCGAUUUGGCAAAACGUAAUGUUGAACACUCAAUGCUACAGCAAGCGAAACAUUUUAUCGUAAGAUUAAAAGGAUAUGAGAGUUGUGAAGAUGAAAAUGAUCCAUUCGUCGAUUUGUCUCCGCAUACGCGUUAUAUCAUACCACAAGAUUUAAAUAUACUAUGUUCAGAAUUAUCAUUGUCAGAAUCAAAUAUAAUAAUACCAUACAUCAAUGAAGAGGACGAUCUUAAUGUGUAA